AUGCCCGACUCAUCCGUCCCUCCCUCUGGUAUCGCGUCGACCGAGUCCACUCCUACGGUGGUGACUACCAAAACUGACGCGGAUGUGCUUAUCGCGGAAGGAAAGAAGGCGAUUGCGCUAAAGCAGUGGGAGGAGGGGGUUGCUAAGUAUGCCGAUGCGCUCGACAUCAUGCGCGGGAUCGUAGGUGAUCAAGACCCCGCUAUGGCGCCUUUGCUGCUUUCGUACGGGAAGGCUUUGUUUGAAUUGGCGGUCAGCCAGAGUGGGGUGAUGGGGAAGGAAGAGCCCAAGCGGGAGGAAGAGGACGAGGGUGAGCUCCGAGGUCCCUCCACACUGAUCGAAUCCGCCGAUCCCGAAAUCAUGGCUGAAGCUGCCGCCCAAGCAGCCGCCGCGGCCGAAGGGGAGGAUGUCCCUCAAGAAGAGCCCGCUCAGAGCGCAGAAGGAGAAGCGGACGAAGAACCAGAGGACGACUAUAAUGCCGCGUGGGAGGUGCUGGACGUGGCGCGGACGAUAUACCUGCGGAUCAUCGAGGAUGCCUCAGAGGUCAAGAAGGCGCAAUUGGACCUGGCCGAGUGUUAUCAGGCACUAGGCGAUAUCAGCUGUGAGACGGAAAACUUCCCACAAGCCGUAUCCGACUAUACCUCGGCCCUGGCCCUCCUGACGCCCCACCACCACCCCUCGUCCCGCAUCCUCGCCUCUCUCCAUUUCACACUCGGCACCGCGCUCGAAUUCCUCCCUUCCCGCCGCGCCGACGCUUUAUCGCACGUCCAGGCCGCACUCUCCUCGUUCCAAGCACGACGGACGGACCUCGCUCGGCCUUCGACCGAAAUGGAGAAUCCGGAUCUGGCGAGGUUGAAUGAGGGGGAAAAGGAGAAGGAGAUGCGGGACAUCAACGAGCUGAUUGGGGAUUUGGAAGUCAAGGUGGAGGAGCUCAAGAGUGCGCCAGAGGGGCAGGGGCUGGUAGAGGAGGGUAUAAGGCAUUUGGUGGGUGAUGGACUGGGAGAGGGGAGUGGGAGUGGGGCGUUUGGUGGAGCGGGGAUGGCGGGGAAGGAUGAGGGACCGGUCAAUGAUUUGAGCGGGAUGGUGAGGAAGAAGAAGAAGCCGGUUGCUCCGGCAGCUCCGGCGACUGCGGGGGCGGGGGCCGCGGCGGGGGCAGGGGCAGCGGCGGUAGUGGACGAUGCGACAAAGAAGGCCGGGGAAGUGGCGGAGACGGUACAGAAAGCGGCGGGGGCAGCGGCGGAGAAGGCGGCAGAGGUGGUAGAGGCUAGCGUGGCCGCUUUGGCUGGGGAGAAGCGGGGUGCGGAUGAGGAAGGCGAGAGGGAGUCGAAGCGCGCCAAAGCAGAGUAG